CUCCUGCCCUGCCAAAACAUGUGACGGUACACCUGAUUUAAACGUAGCGCUAUAAACAUGACGAGUCAACUUUGUUCAACAGUAAGAAUCCCUUCGCUUGAGUCGGUCGCAAAGCAAUGCCCUCUCAGGCAAGGUGGUCUAGUAAGUAGAUGUAGGCCUAUAGCGUGUCCAGGCUUUCCGGGCGCGCUGAAGGGCCCAAGAAGCCGGCCAUGUGUCCAUGUGGAAGUCGCGCGCGUACUCGGCUCUGAGGGCCCUCCAGAGCCGGAUGCCGCAUCAAAUCCGGACGUGCAACUCCCUGGAGGCCUACACGAGCCCCAGCGCACAGUGCCGUUCAAGCUGAUCUACACCGGCCACCGCGCUGGCUUCGACUUGCUCGCGGAAGCUUCCUUCCAGGCGCUCAUCGGGCUGGUGCUGCUGACGGGCGUGGGCAACCGCGUGCUGUACAAGAUGGCCCUGGUGCCGCUGCGCGACCACAUUUUCUUCCUGGCCCAGCUGCAGAACCUGGGCUACCUGGCCGUGUACUUCACAGCCCUGGCCUGGAGGCGGAGUACCGGGCAAGUAACUACGGCGAUGAUGAACAUCGACAAGCGGCCGCUGCUGGCAGUGGGCGCGUGCGAGGCGGCGGCGCAGCUGCUGUUCAUGGUGGGGGCGGCGCACAUACCCGGUGCGCUGCUGCCGGUGGUGAAUCAGACGUAUCUGGUGUGGAGCCUGGUUUUUGCCAGCCUCAUCCUGGGCACACGCUACUCGUGGAUGCAGCUUGCGGGCGCGGGGCUGGUGAUGCUGGGCGUGGUGUGUGCGGCGGUGCAGCCGGGAGUCGUGGCGGGCAUGCUAGGGAUGGGCUCGGGGGCAGCAGCAGCGGCGGCGGCGCAUGCGGCGGUGGACCUGCGCUAUGUGGCGGUGUGCGUGGCGUGCUUUGCCUUCCCCGCCAUCGCCAACUGUAUCAAGGAGAAGGUGUUCAGCUCCGCGGCUCAAAAGCUGGGCCAGCCGCUAGACAUCUUUGUGGUCAACUCCUUCGGGUCUCUGGCGCAGACUUUUUUCGUGCUUCUCUUGCUGCCCAUCACCACCGCACUCAAGGGCAUCGCGCUGUCGGACCUGCCCGCCCACCUGAUGGCCUCCUCCCGCGCCUUCCUGGGCGAGCCCAGCGCCGCGGCAUGCGCGGCCUUUGGCGGCGGGGCGGACGCCGGCGGCCUGGUGGGGGUGCUGGCGCGGCACUCCACGCCGCUGCUGGCGCUGUCGUACGUGGCGCUCAACCUGGUGUUCAACGUGGCCAUGCUCAACCUGCUGCGCAGUGUGGGCUCGGUGACCACAACGCUGGUGGGCUCGUCGCUGGUGCCACUCACCAUCGCCGCCUUCACAUUGCCGCUACCGUACCUGGAGCCGGCGGUGAUUGGUCCCAACUUCCUGGUGGGCGCCUCCUUGCUCAUGGGGGGCCUGGUCACCUACAACUGGCAGGGCUGGAUGGUCAUGUUGGGCAUCAGCCCGCCCGCCCCCGCGCCGGCUGCAGCUCCGCAGUCAGCCGCGGUGUCGGCGCCUGCGACGCCGCAGCUGCCGGUGCAGGCGGCGAAGCAGGGGGAAAAAGGAAGUGAUGGGGACAGGAAGAACCGGUAGUAUGGGGGAAGAUGGCCUGCUUUGGCAUUCGUAACAUAUUGUGGGCCAAGGUAUAUGCGACGGCAGUACUGUUGAAGCGGAUUGUGCUAAAUGGGAACGAUGGGACAAGUCGGAUGAGCUUUGUUGCGCACUGCUAGGUCGGAAUGUUUCUGAUCCAGCGGAAAGGUAACAUUUAAGGAGGCCAGGUCACUCUACACACUUUAAGGAGGCCAGGUCACUCUACAUGUGCGUUUGGGGCAAAUGGCUCCGUGUUUCGCUGUGCUCUCGUCCCUGGCCGCGUGAUGGGGUGCUGUAAGAUGCACCCUGGCUGGUUCGUACACAACAAUUUUAUCCGCGGUGUUUGGAAAGGCCAAACGGAGAAUGCCGUGUGGGCGCAAGGGGCAACGGCCCACGUGAAUGCGCUCAUGAUGUUCGUGCCGGGAUGAAGGAGAUGAGGCAGACGCUUGCGGCCUCAGACUAGAGAUGUGGCGUGGGCUCAGCCCACUUUCCCCAUGCGAGGGGAACCACAUAUCUUGUCUACCGCGUGCACAGUUACGUGUUUGUCCAGGGGCACCCCUGGCCUUGUCCUUCGGGGCGAUGGUUCGGGGACCGCGGCGUGGCAGAGUCAGUAUGGAAAGACAUCCUGAAGACGUAAGAGCUAUGACUGAUCGGCGCGCCAUUCAGCACACGAUGUGUAGCGUUGUAAAGGUUGUCCGCC